AUGUCUUCUUCUUGCGUGCAACAAUCAUACCAAGAUCCAUUGUCUCAUGAAGGGCAAAACAUGAGGUUUGUAAACCCCAAUUCCAUCUCGCAACAGCAACAACAACAACAACAACAGCAGCAGCAGCAGCAGCAGAAACAUCAUCAAAAUAGCUACCCCUAUGACUAUAGUCAGUUCAUCAAGAAACAGCAACAGCAGCACCAGCAAAAUCCUCAUCAAAGAAGAUUUAGUUACACGAGCAUGCUCUCAGACCCUGAUCAAUGCUACCUUCCAACAAUUACAAACUCAUCGCCCUCAAAUGAUAGUGAUGACUACACACAGCAAGAAACACCUCCAAAUUCUUCGUCUGUUGUAAGCCCUGCAUCCGUUUCCAACUUUAUUGACCCUGUCUACGUUGACUUGCAGACUAAGGCCAUCAAUCAGCAUCAUGCUGGCAUGUAUCAUCAUCCACAACAACCUCAUCCCCAUAUGCUGAUGGAUCAUCGAACUGCGCAUCAUCAGCCCAUCCAGUAUUAUGAUCCUCAUCAUAAGAACUUUGAUCAAAAUACUAAUGUUUUCAAUCAUCAUCGUAACAACUCAAUGAUUCCGCCACAGCACCCAGGGUUUCCUAUCAGCAGUUUGUGCUCUACGCCUACUCCCACUUCAGCUACCAUCAUGAACAAACAUAGCCAAUCUCGUCCAAUGACACCGGUCUCUCCUCCUCUUUUUGUAAAAGAUAACUAUGCUGGCCAACAAGAUCAAAAAUCAAGUGCUAAUAAUAACCAUAAUCCUGAGACAAACACGAAGCCCAAGAAAACACCUCGUUCUCGAGGUCGUCGUGUCUCAAAUGUUCCUGGCUGUGGUACUCGUAUGUUUACAUGCAAUGCGGAUGGUUGCGGUAAAGUAUUCAAGCGAUCAGAACACCUCAAGAGACAUAUCCGAUCCAUUCAUACAUUGGAAAAACCAUUCGAAUGCCCAUAUCAAAGCUGCAAUAAAAGAUUCUCCAGAUCUGAUAACUUGAAUCAGCAUAUCCGCAUCCACCGUCAUAGCAACACUUCAAAGGAUGGCAACUCUGCUACAUCCAAAUCAGCCAAGCAUAUCAAACUACAGGAAGAAUCAUCAUCAUCGCCAUCAUCCGCUACAAAUGCAGCAACAGACAACCUUCAUCAUCACCACCAGCAUCAACAUAAUCAUUUCAAUGCUACUAGUAAUAAUAACAAUAAUAGUACUUUUUCAAAUUUUAUUUAA